CCGAGCGCUCUAACGGGAGAGACUGUAACCAUACAUGCAUCGUAUCAGAUGCUGCCGCCAUAAUCUCCUCAUUCAUAACAAGACUGGAGUCCCGGAAAGGGAGCAGAGGCGCGUCCGUAGGGCUCGUAGUUGCGCAGCGGCUGUUUCUAAUACUUGUAUAGACUAGUAGCUUGGUGCUUUUUGCGCAGACGAGGAACGCCAGUCGCCUCAGCGAGAGGUUUUCUGCGGGGGGGGGAGCGGGACGUUGGGCAACUGUUCCGUUCUUUGUUCAGAUAUUUCAUUGGUGUUUGUACUCGACUUGUUGUGCUCCAUUCAAAUGCAUAAUUACGCGUUCGUCCUCAGUACGUGUUCAUGUGUAUCUGUCGAAUAUCUGCGUACUGUGACGACGGACACAGUCGUAUCGGGUAAACAAAAGACGAGCCGCCAGUUAGUUAGAGAACUGAGAACUUGUUCUGAUGACAGAAUCGAGCCCGCGAAUGUCGUAAAAUGUUGGUUUUUUUUACCAAACUGACUCGUUUGAAGUCUGUUUGCUUGUCGUUGUUGUUGGCGGCGUGGUGCGAGUCUUUAGAUUUAGUCUGUGUGUUUUAUUUACAUUUCCCGAAAAAUAGUCGCGAAGUUCUGUAGCGUCUCCUUAGCUCAAAAUGGCUUUUAAACGUAUUUAAUAUAAGCCAAUAAAGCGACAAGGAUUCGGGUUAAGCUGGCGCUCGGGACGGGUGUGUCAAAUUCAGCUUUUUCGCCUCAGCGCCAAACAAGGAGGAAAUUUACUGCGUGUACGUAGUGAGAGUUCAGAGUUGGGUUUUUUAAACUAAGUCUUAUACUUGGUCUAUUAAAGUUGUUUGUGAGUUAAGUCACUCGGGCACAUGAUGAUGUGUGAAAUAUUUUAGCUCCAGCGUUGUUCGAAAAGUUCGCCUACUGGUAGUAGUCGGGUAUUUUCUAAGUAAAUCAUGCUUGUUAACGUGAAAAUAGAGAGUAGAAGUUGGAAAGUCUUCGGAGAUCUGGCCUAUCAGUCAUAUUUUUCGUUUGUAUAGGUAUCUGUUGAUACUUUACUAACAUAUUGAAUGCAACUGUCGAAGUUUACGGCGAGUUUACUCUUCUCUGUUGUUUUCCUUCCUCCUCACAAUAAGACAAAGGGACUUUCCAUCUGUCUUUUUGUUCUCCCCCUUCAAAAGUACGAAUAAGCGAACAGCAUCAUCAAAAUAAAAUGUCACGUUUAGCUGCUCUGCACCUCUCUUAAAGCUACUUAAGUAUAUUUGUUCUGUAAACCUUGAUGGAUAAAUAGUCUGACCUGGAGGAAUAACCAUUGUAACAACUGUUAAAGUCAGAUGAAGUGGCUGACCUUGCGUUGAUGAUGCUUAAAAAUAUGAAUAAUAUGGCUUUUGAAGGAACAGAUUUGAAGUUAUGCACAUCAUAGCACUUUCUUCAGUUUCUGUUAGUUCGUUUUCAUUUUGAAGGAAAGGUAAAUCCUUUGUGUUGCUGUGCAGGCACAGCUGGUCUGUGCCUGUGUGUGCGGUUGUUGCUAUGUUUAGAGCCUGCCCUUGUUUAUUUUUGCUGAAUGCUGCAAUAAUAUUGCGUGUUAUUUGAAGUAAGUUUAUUAGUUUCAGUCUUGAACUCCUGGCUAAAAUGAAAACCCGUGUAGUGGCUUGUAGCUGGAUGGUAGUUUGUGAUUUUGAAGGGGGAAAAAUGAUUGUCACGUACUCAAGGCGCUGCAUGUAUGGUCCCGAGUCAGAGUGAAGUGGGAUUGAACAGUCUGGACUUUUAUUCUAAAGUAUCUGAUAAGUCGAGUUAGGAGAUACAAUAAAUCUGAAUUUCACCGACGGUGUGGUUUGUUAUAUCAAAGAGUGUGGGAUAUGUCGGAUCUGAGCCCAUGCACCGUUGGGGAGCACCUGCACUUGGCACCAGACUGUCACAAGACAUCCGUCAACAGGCCAGCUGGACUGAGGCGUCUUGGGGAGAUGCCUGAGAGGGACUCUCUGCUGCUGCAGCUGCGGACAGGCCUGAUGGGGAUGACUGAACAGGACACAGUGUGUCUGUACCACCAGAGUGUCUAUGUGGAGCGUUACGAGGAAACGCAGAAGGUCUGCUGCGAUCCCUUCAGCUGUCACAGGAAAGCCAUCAGGAAGGGCCUGCGGGCCAUUGACCUGGACGAGGCCACCUUCUUGACUGAGAGGUUCGCCCGGCAGUUUGUGCCCGGCUGGAAGCUGUGCGGACGUUGCAUGCAUCUUGCCAACGGUUAUGCUGAUCUGGAUGCAGAGUCCCGCCAGAAGCGCAGGCUGGAUAGGGAAGGUAAAGCAGCCAAAGCUUUAAAGUCACUGGAGUUCACCAACCCAGGGCGCCAAACAGAUUUUUCUUCUGAGAGUAACAGAAGAGACAAGAGGCGAGUUACAAAGAGCUCUGACAGACACUCCAUGGGUGUGAAGAGCAAGGUGUACGACAGUCAGGGUCUGCUGAUCACUAAUGGGCGAGACAUGUGCGAUUGUCUGGAUGUGGACUGCAUGGGUUGCUUCUACCCGUGUCCUGAGUGCAACUCGCGCAAGUGUGGCGUGGAGUGCCGCUGCGAUCGCAAGUGGCUGUACGAACAGGUGGAAGUAGAAGGAGGGGAAAUCAUUCGGAACAAGUACGCCAACUAGCCUGCCUGCCUCGUGAACACUCACCUUUGGAGCUGUGCUGCUGUACAUGGUGAAUCGGAGCAGUCCGUUUCAUCAGCUUCUUGCCUAAAUUCAGAUGUACUUUUGAGUUACCAUCUUCAUAUUUCUCUAACAUAUGGUUAUCCCAGUAUUUGUUUCUCUCAGUAAUUUUUGUUAACCUUUUUCAUCUUAAUUGUUCUAGGUUCCUUUUCUUCAGAUGUUUUUUGUGACGUUUGUCGAAUAAAAGUAAUUUUUUAUAGAAUCGUAAAAUAUGUGCUUGGAUUUCUUAAAACUGGAGCCAAUUACAUGUGAGGUUUUUGACAAAGCUCCUGCAGUCCUUUCCAGGGGAUGAAGAUUCUCCAUUAUAACAAAAUGUAGUACUUCUAUUGCAGGAUUAUAAAUUAUUGAAUGUAUGAGAAGAAUGAGCUAACUGAACAUUUUUGUCUUUUUUAAAGUUGCAAUACAAAAAUAAGUGUUUGGAGCAAAAGUUCCUGCUUGAACAAAUUUUUAUUUUUUUUUUAAUAAAAAGCAAAUGUGCUCAACUCAUCAGUUUCACUGGGAAGCUAAAUUGCAUAUAAUACAAAACUAAUAAAAUCUUUCAAUACAACAUUCUCACCUGUAACCUUCAGGUGGUAUCGAGUACUGGAUUUACUUCUUUGACUCUACCAUGAAUGAAACAAAUUGAAGUUGACUCUUCUGAUGCCUUCAUAGAAGUUAGGAGGGUGUGUGUCAGGGCCUUAACUUCAUGUUGCCUGCUCCUGUAAACCCUAGAAAAUGUCUGUAUUAUGUAUUUUAUAAUCUGUGGUGUAUUGUAAAAGUGAAUUUUAUGUUUGUUCUGAUGAGGACAUUAUUGAAACUUAGUAUUUUACUGUAUUUCCUCCAUGGAAAAAGCUCAUUAUUUUCAGCUGCCUGACAGGACUUCAGACAAUUAGCUUUAGUUACAGCAAAUUAUUCUGCAGUGUUAAUGGAGAGUAGUGGUGAGAGAUCUGCUUACAUCCUGUUUUGAAGUCAAAUGUAAAUUGUGGUGCUUUAUUUUCCUAUGAGUUUAAAAUUAGAAAGAUGGUCUUAACUGGAUUACAGAAAAGACAGAAGACCUUGAAACAUUUUAUUAAGGGAACAUCACAUUGGUACUUCUGAGUCCAACUUGGCAUGUUUGGGGAAAAAAUAUGGAACAGUGCAAGUAACUGACCUAAAGAUUGUCUGAUAUGCUGAUGCCAGGUAUGGUACCCUAAGAGACCAGAACUUAAAAAAAAACCCCUUCAAUUUCUUCACACUUGUGUGCUGUUCUAUGCCAUCAGAAAUAGCUAUAAUUAUGGAUUAUUUUUUGCUCGUGUGACACCUGUGUCCAAAGUAGCCUACAGCUCUAUUCUUUUAUUAAAAAAAAAGUCUUUACCUUGUUUAUUGGUACUACAUCUAGAUACUUUAACCUGAAAAAAUUUUACAAGCCUUUUCAUAACAGGCAAGUCUUACAAGACUAACUUGAAUGGAAUACUGUAGAUUCAAGUUGCACAGGGGGCCUUGAUGUAAUAAUCUUAAGUUACUUGAAUUGCUCUAAUAAAAGUGCAAAUGGACAAAACAGUAAGAGGCAAAGUUAAUUUGAAAAGGGACAU